AUGGAUACAAGCAGAUCUAAAUCUGGACCGAACCCCGUCCACUUCCCCCUGGAGUCGGUGAGCCCCAGUGGCUCGUCGGUCUUCAGGAUUACUGAUGUGGAGCUCGGACUUCCUGCUGGGGGUCGAAAACUUACUGCCUUUUCAACCUUGCUAGCACGGCGUCUAAUUCUUCUCAAAUGGAAGGAUGCUGCCCCACCCACACCAAGCAUCAACAACGCCGUGCAGUGUCCAGGCAGUACCAGAAGGAGACGCUCUGCUGAACUGUUGAAGCGUAAAGCUCAGCUGGGUGAGUGUCCCCUCAUCAUGAUUUGUUUAGCCAAGAACAAGCGGGAUGAGCACUUCUCCCACCUGACGGAGAGCCACUACAAGGAGAAGCUGCAGCAUCGCUGCUGUAAAGACGGCCUCAGGGAGAUCCCGAUGCCGUAUUCCUGCACGCGACGUUCCCUCUACAUCACUGAGGGCUGGGAAUGCAUCCGAGCUUUCCGAUACUGCUGCGCCACUUACAGGGACCAGGUGUUUGACACAGAGAUUCCCACCACCCCACCAACCACAACUGCAGCUCCCACCACCUCCUCUCAACCCUGGACUGUCAGUCAUACUUCCAGACGAGAGAAAAUAACGCUCUCCCGAUAUAACUUUGGUAAUUACUGCACCUCAGCUUUAUCAACUGUGUUGGCGUCUAAGAACGUGGACACCAUCUUACCUGACAGCAUCACAGAGUGGGGAGUUCUGGCAGUCAGUUCAUCACCUCAGACAGGUUCCUGUGUUGCAGAGCCUUACAAUGUCAGAGCGUGGAAAGGUUUCUUUGUGGACCUGAAACUGCCGCAUUCCGUGGCGAGGAACCAACAGGUGGAGAUCAAGGCUGUGGUCCAUAACUACGGCUAUGAUGACCUGCAUUACAGGGAAAGACAACCACGGGUUGUGACCUAUUACAAUCAGCUGCAUGAGGUGGAAGAGAAAAUGCCCUGCAAGCACUUUGAUCUCAACGUCACUUUUGAAGGAUCCAGCGAAAAGCCUCCAGCAGAUGUAGAAAAGUCCGACGAGAUCACUAUCAAAGUGAGCAGGGCUCUAGGACCCAGAGACAUCAGGAUGGUGGUUCUUGAUAUCAGUCUACCAACUGGAUUCACCCCAGAAAACUCUGACCUGGAGAUGCUGUCCAAUUCAGUGCAUCGUUACAUCAGUAACUUCCAGAUUGUAGACAACCUGAGUGACAGAGGCUCCCUGAUCAUUCACCUGUUCAAAGUAACAUCACUGUAUUUAGAAUUAUUAUUCUAUAUCAUAUCAUUUUAUGUUAUUCAUAUGCUUUUCUUUUUUUCCAAGAAGCAGGUUUCUCAAUGCUCAGUAAAUAAGUCUUUAUGACCACAGUCAACAAUCUGAGGCAGUUUUAGGCUAUUACACAAAACCAGCUUAUUGGUACCAAAGCCACGGUUCAGAACUCAGACUUGCUAAAUCAGUGUUAGUGUAGUGCAGUGUAGGGCUGCAGCCAGAGUACUGACGAUAGUUAGCAAGAGAGAUCAUAUUUCUCCUAUGCUGGUUUCUCUUCAUUGGCUUCCUGUGAAAUGUAGAAUAGAAUUCAAAAUCCUUCUUCUGACAUAUAAAGCUCUUAACAACCAAUCUCCAUCAUAUCUUAAAGACCUGAUAGUACCAUAUUAUCCUAGCUGAACUCUUCGGGCUCAGACUGCAGGCUUACUUGGAGAAGUGACCUGUAACUUCUCUCUAAAAGUAGAAUGGGAGGCAGAGCCUUCAGUUAUCAGCUCCUCUCUUGUGGAACCAGCUCCCAGUCUGGGUUCUGGAGGCGGACACCCUCUCUAAUUUUAAGACCAGGCUUAAAACCUUCCUUUUUGACAAAUCUUAUAGUUAGGACUGACUGGGGGACCCUGAGGGGGUCAGCUGGAGUCUUCCUCUUGGACGUCCCUUAGUUCUGCCCCUAGUUCUGCUGCUACAGGCCUAGGCUGCUGGAGGACCUCUCUGGAUGCACUGAGCCCUUCUCUAUCUACCAUUAUAUUUAAUAUACAGUAUAUAUACCAUUAUUGCAUUACACUCACUCUGUUUCUCCCUGUGUCCUUUCUCCGAGUGUCCCUGAUCCCAGAGCUGGAUGCUUCAGAUCUGUGGUGGUUCUCCCACCAACUGGCCUAAUCUCCAUCUGUGGGAUGCUGCUGCUGCUGACCUUCCUCCAGCCCACUGCUUCCAGCUGCCCAUUUCCAUCAAUCUACUCUGCAUCACCCUCACUAUACUUGAUUUGCUCGUCUACAUAUUUUUGAAUUUACCACCAGCUAUAUAUGUAGUAUAUUUAAUGCCAGAGCCAUACACCAUAGCAGUAAACUAUAAUCAGUUUCCAGCCCAGAGGGAUAUAUCCACAGAUUUUUUUAAAUACCAUGUAGAAGAUUAUAUACAGGAAGAUGAGGUAUCAGUUCUUGCACAUAGAUAUACGACAGUCCUUUAUUACUCCCCAGGUCAGGGGAAAUUUCCAGUGUUAGAGCAGCAAAAAUCUUUCAGAGCAGCACUAACUACAGUUUACUACAGUAAAGUUAAUAAUUAUAAUAACAAUAAUAUAUAGAAGAAUGAAAAAUGAAUAAAUACAGUAUUACUACACUAUAAGUGACAUCAGCAUAAAGUGGCUUGUGGAAUACAUGUAAUUGUAAAAGUGCAGAAAAUGCCAGCAGUGCAAGGAGUUGUGGAGAUUUUCUCAAAACAGGUGAGUCCUGUGAAUAUGACCAAAAUAUGAGAUAAAACUAUCAGAAAUAUGUACAAAAUGACCAAAAUAUGAUUGGUUGAUAAUGUAUCAGUGUUGUUAUUGAUUAUUGAUCAGUUGCAGGGGCAGAGAUUUGUGUCCGAGUCUCUGAUGUCAUCUAAUCGCUCAUGUAAGAUCAUGUCACAGGAGGGGGCGCUACUGACCUCUUGUGGACACAGGCAGUAACCACACGACAUUAUUAUUAACUGUCUCGCUGACGACAUUAUUAUUAACUGUCUCGCUGGCGACAUUACAGAUGAGCAGCACUUCCUGUUAAUCUUCAACGUAAAAGCAUCUUUCUUUAUUGUACAUUUUAUGUCAAAAGUAUUACUAAGCGAUUUUGGUCGAUUCAGAAGGAUCUUUGGUGUAAACUAAGUCGUAUUCAACGACAGCUAGCUUAUCCACUUGCUCCAAUUACUUUUGUUGUAGUCUGAGUCACGUCCAAACAGGAAAUGAAUCCACAAUGUAGCUAAUGACAAUCUAUAGCUGCAUCCGUGACGGCAUCGUUAGCGAGCUAGCAGUUAAUCAGAAGCUAGUGACGAGCUAACUCCAGCACUGCAAGCAGCGUCUCUUUAAAAGGUGCUGAUCACAAUAUCAGGCUGAAACAUUAGACCUGGGACAGGAAACGGAGCUAGAACGCUGUGUCUUGGAGAGGAUUGAUUUUAGAACUACGUGUGUUACGGUAUUAGUCCAUGUCAUAACAAACCCUCGUUAGCACUUCCGCUAGCUCGGCUAACACUUCCGGUCACGAAUGCAUUUGUACAUUAGCUAUAACGUGUUCAUUUUUGAACGUAUAGUGACAACAAACACAAUUUGAGGGAGUCGACAAGCUAGUGGUCCUUAAAUACAUUUUGGUUCAUACUGCAGAUUCUUCUGAGUCUCACAAAACCACGUUUUAGCCUAAGAGCAUUACGAUAGUUUUACGUUGAAACAGGAAGUGCUGCUCAUCUGUAAUGUCGCCAGUUUUGCCUCAAAUAGUAAUCGUGUCGUUACCGCCUGUGUCCGCCAGAGGGGCAGUAGCGCCCCCUGCUCUGAUAAGGAUAAGGAUAAACUUUAUUGAUCCCACAGUGGGUAAAGUUCACCGAGCUGCUUCAUGAGGAGAGUCUUUUAGUUUUCAGAUAAUAUGAUGGUGAAGAAAAUGUGUUACUGCAGUAAAGAUUCCACUGAAUUAUUAUUUGAUCCAUGAUCGGGGUUCACUCAGUUCUUCUCCAGUUUGUUGCUGCUGUCGGGUGAACAGGUGAGCUCCAGGUGAACAGGUGAUGUCAGCAGCAGGUCAGUCUGUGAUUGGAGCAGUAAAACUCAUCUAAAUUAAAUGUUAUGCUAAUGUAGAUGCACUCAUGUGACAUAAACUGUGAAGUCCACUCUAAAGUGGAUUAGGCUUAGAGCCAAGAUUUUUAACUUUUGUAUCUCUGUGUUCCCCUCCGCUGACCUGAGCAGGUGGUAAGUUCCACUCAGACACACCUGACGGAAUCAGCCACCAACACACACGCCACACAGCUGCAGUUUAUUUCACCUUCACGUAGUUUUAUUGAUCUUUUCAUAGUUUCUUCAUCUUUGAAUGAAUAUUUUUGGCACUAAAUGUGAACUUUUUGAACGGACUCUGCUAGUCAGAUGGACGAACGUCGGGGAGUUUGUUGGAAGAUUCAGGUGAGAGGAAACAGAAGUAGGAUGUUAGACAGGAUCUGAUGCUGUUGUUGUGAACUCAGAGCUUUCUACCUGAGUGGAGCUACAGAGACACUUAGUGGCUGAAUGGAGGAACUGCAGCACCACAGGUCAGUUCAGAUCAGCAGCACCUGGUUCACACGGAAACAUCAUGUUUCUUGAUGCACAUCAGGCUCCAGGUGGUUAGAAUAUACUUGACUUGUUCAUUUAAAGUGUUUUCCUCAAAACUCGACCAGCUUCAUUAGAGUAAAUCGUCAUGAUGUCAUGUUCAGAUAAUACCAAAGAGGAGGUUUAUGUUUUCUCUGCUUGAGUCUGCUUGAGGCUUUCUCUGCUGAAAAUAACAAAUCUGAGGUUCUUACGGAUGAAUAAUUAAGAAAAAUCUCAAGUUAGGUAAAGUUGGCAAGAUAUUCACAGAUUCGGACUUCCGGCAUCAACAACUCAUGAGAUAUACGUUGUAAAAACAUAAACAAUGCCUCUUUCAAAUCGCUGUAAGCUAGACAAUGUGCUACAAGGCCAGUUUUAUCAAAAGUCGCUGUCUUUCAAGUUGCAGAAAUAACAUUGAUGUCUAUGAGCAGCCGGCUGUGCUACGAGUGAACAGGGACCGUCUGCAUAUAGCAAAACUGCAACAGCGAAGAGACACAAAUAUUCAAUUACUUAACUUUUAUACACUGUAGUGUCACUAAAUUUUCUGCAGCCAUCAAUUGUCUCCUGCUGGUCAUACUACAACUCUUGGUUUGAUACUAAAUACAAAAUCUGACUUUUAA